AGUGCAGCAUGAAUGCAGAUGAUGCGCGCGCUUCUUAUAACACCUGUCCAGCCGUAAUCGGAGUCGCGCCCUAUCCCGAAACACUUCCCUACAGACAAGAGCGAGCGUGGGAAGCGGGUGCGCGCUCUGCUGAAACAGACUCACGGACAGAGUGAAGCGAGGAGGGAUAUUACCAACCUUGUACCGCAUUACCCGACAGCAACUGGAUGCACCGAGCCAGACUGCAUCAUAUGUGGCCAAACCAGCAGCCAUACAGGUCUUAAAAGUCUCACCAACAGUCCUGAAAUUGGCCUCCUUUUCCAACACGUUUGUGUCAUCCAACGUGACUCAAAGCGUGCUACUAAACCAGUAGGGAGUCGGGACGGGAGGGAUUAGCCAAUCGGAGGUGAGAGAUGUGGACGCAGGGGCGGUGCACGGCACUAACAGUGUUGUCGAUAAUCUUAGUGCUGUCAAAGGAGGCGGUUUCAAUUGAAGUCCCACUAGACCCAAUGAUCCAGAAAGACUUGAAACAACCCCCCACUAUUGUGAAGCAGUCACUGAAGGACUACAUUGUAGACCCCAGAGAUAACAUCAUCAUUGAAUGCGAGGCCAAGGGGAACCCAGUGCCAACGUUUCAGUGGAGGCGAAAUGGGAAGUUUUUUAACGUGGGAAAGGACCCGCGGGUGACCAUGCGGAAACCGUCGGGGACGCUGGAGAUUAGAAGUAGCGGGAGACCAGAAGAUUAUGAGGGCGAGUACCAGUGUUUCGCCACCAACGAUUUGGGCGUGGCAAUUUCCAACAAAAUCCUGCUACGAGUCUCCAAGUCUCCACUGUGGCCAAAGGAGGUUCUGAAGCCGAUAGUUUUGCGUGAAGGGACAUCGCUCGUCCUCACCUGCAACCCACCUCCUGGCCUACCUCCUCCUGAAACCUUUUGGAUGGACAGCUCCAUUAUGCCUAUAACACAGGACAAGCGGGUGUCUAUGGGCUUGAAUGGUGACCUGUACUUCUCCAAUGUUCUUGCUAAAGAUGCCAGCACCGAUUAUAGCUGCAACGCUCGCUUUGAGUUCACACACACCAUUCAGCAGAAGAACCCUUACAUCCUUAAAGUCCACACAAAUGAACCGUAUAAUGACACCUUUGUCAACUCCACUGACCUGUACAGUGUACGUAAUGUGCCAGAAACGCAGCCCAGCUUUCUGUCUCCAAAAGACGGAUCCAGCUCCAAAAUGGUGCUACGAGGAGAACAGCUUCUGUUGGAGUGUAUAGCUGCUGGAGUCCCAACCCCUACAAUCGAAUGGUUUAAAAGAGGAGGAGAUCUGCCGUUACAGAAGGUCAAGUUUGAGAACUUUAAUAAAACUUUGCGUAUCCUCAACGUGUCCGAGGAAGAUGCGGGGGGCUAUACCUGCAUGGCCAGCAACAAGAUCGGCAUAAUUCGCCAUUCCUAUGAAGUCCAGGUCAAAGCUGCUCCCUACUGGCUCGAUAAGCCCACCAAUCUUGUGCUUGCCCCUGAAGAAAAUGGACGACUGGUGUGCCGAGCCAAUGGGAACCCAAAGCCCAGUAUCCAAUGGCUGAUGAAUGGGGGACCUAUAGAGAGUUCACAGUCAAGCCAUGAAGUGCAGGGUGAUACCAUCAUGUUCCAUUCAGUGCAGAUCGGCAGCAGUGCGGUGUACCAGUGCAAUGCUUCUAAUGAGCACGGAUACCUACUGGCCAAUGCUUUUGUCAGCAUCCUAGACAUGGCUCCACGGAUGCUAGGUCCGAAGAACCAACGGAUUAAAGUCAUUGAAAAUAACAGGACCUUAUUUGACUGCCCUUUCUUUGGCUCACCGCUCCCUACGCUCCGCUGGUUCAAGAAUGGCCAAGGCAGUGGUCUUGAUGGUGGGCAGUAUAAGCUGUAUCACAACGGUACUUUGGAAAUCACACAGGCUCGGCCAGAAGACCAAGGCACCUACACCUGUGUCGCCACCAAUAUAUUGGGCCAGGUGAAUAAUCAGGUGCACCUGGAGGUCAAAGAACCCACAAGAAUAGUUCGGGCCCCAGAGGACAUGACUGGACCUAAAGGAAGCACAGCUCGGUUUGACUGUCGAGUUAAACACGACGCAUCCCUUCCCAUUACUGUCACAUGGCUGAAAGAUGACAAGCCUUUGAGCUUCGGCUGGUUGAGCCGGAUAAAAAAGGAUGAUGAAUCCAUAACUAUUCACAAUAUCAAUCCAGAGGAUUCAGGGACAUAUAGAUGCACUGCCAAAACUGAGAUAGAUGAAUCCUCAGCAUCAGCUCGCCUUACAGUUUUAGAUGACAUCUCGGCCACCCCAAAGCCUAAUCCCUCCGCAGAUCGACCUGACCCGCCUCAGGAUCUUGAGCUGUCUGAUCCCUCAGCUCGUAGAGUCAGACUCACCUGGGUGCAUGGAAAUGAAAACAACAGCCCGGUUACAAAGUUCCUCGUCCAAUUUGAGGAGGACAAGUGGGAGCCGGGAAAGUGGCAGAAUCUGUCAAUGCAUGAUGGCAACCUAAACUCAGUUAACCUGGAGCUGUCACCAUUUGUCAACUACCAGUUUAGAGUCAUAGCAAUCAACGCAGUGGGCCAGAGUCAACCCAGCCAACCCUCUGCACGCUAUCAGACCAGUGGUGCUCCUCCUGAUGUCAUUCCAAGUGCUCUUAAAGGUUGGGGAAACAAAAAGAACAACAUGGAAGUCACCUGGCAGGCCCUGAAAAACACAGAGAGGAACGGGCCGAACCUGCGAUAUAUGCUGUCUUGGAGAUUAAAAGACACAAAUGAAGAGUGGAGCAGCGUAUCCACCACAGGAGCGAAACACACGAUCCAUGAUACAGACACCUAUGUUCCUUAUGAGCUGAAAGUCCAAGCCGUCAAUGAUUUCGGGCUCGGUCCAGAGUCUGAUAUUGUCAUCGGUUAUUCUGGGGAAGACAAACCAUCAGCUGCACCAACAGAUCUCAGGGUGUCGAAGAUAAACAGCACCAAAGUGAAUGUUCACUGGAUCCCAGUGGACCCCAGCACUGUGAACGGAGAGUUUAGGGAAUAUAAAUUGUACUACUGGAGGGAGGCCAGUCUGAUAAAGGGCCUGAAAGUCAACAGGACAAAGCUUCAUAAAGGUUUCUACACAACAGCAGAACAGCCCUCUGGCAUCCUGACUGAACUUUAUCCUUACAGCAAAUACAAGAUGUACAUGGUCGUGGCUAACAGAGAAUAUGAGGGACCACAAAGCAACACUGUGGAGUUUCAAACUAAGGAGGGAGAACCAGGAGCCCCAAAGUACUUCAAGAUUCAGAAGCACACGGACGUGGUUCACCUGAAGUGGGACAAACCCCUGGAGCCAAACGGUGUGCUGAUUGGAUACACACUUCAAUACCAGACAGUGAAUGGGACACAGGUGGGAGAGAAAAAAGUCCAGAGCUUUCCAGCCAACGUGACCGAGUACACCAUGAACCUUCCUCACCGCUUCACGCGAUACAAGUUUUUCCUAGCGGCUCGCACACAGGUCGGGGCAGGAGAGGUGUACGCCGUAGAAUCGCCACAUUUUACUAAUGAAGGCACCCUAGAAACUGAAUCUCCAGUUGUAGCGGAUAACUUUACAGAUGCCGUGAUGUUCGAAACCCCUCCCUCUCCCCCUCCCCCUCCCCUCCCCACCGUCCCAGUCCCAGCAAUACAUACCCCAGAACCAGCCCCACCCGCCCCUACAACUGCUGCUCCACCUAAACCUACUACUAUCACAACUACAACCACCACUACAACUUCCACUACAGUUCUUCCUGUUCGGCCUGUUUCUCCUAAAAAUGUGGAUUGGAAACUGCUGGCCCCGAAUGUAAAGAUCUGGAAUGUGACCGUGGAUGCAAACAAUGACUAUGCUGUCAGCUGGAAGCACAACUUCUCCAUUGACAGCAGCGCAUUUGUGAUAGAGUACACGUCGGAGAGUAAUGGGUUGAUGAAAAGCAUACAAGUAAAGCACAAGCCUCCCAUUAAGCUGGCCGAUCUGUUGACCGGGGUCAAGUAUCGGUUGCGGGUGUAUUCCCACGAGCACAACACCAUCAGCAGCGACUAUGUCACGUUCGAGACAGGCAGAGCCUACAAGGAGGCCGAAGACAUUGCUACUCAAGGCUGGUUUAUUGGACUCAUGUGUGCCGUCGCUCUGUUGGUACUCAUCUUGCUUAUUGUCUGCUUCAUUAAGAGGAGCCGUGGAGGUAAAUACCAAGUGAGAGAAAAGAAAGAUCUCCCAUUAGACGCUGUUGAACAUAAAGACCAAGAUGGAUCCUUUGACUAUCACAGCAGCGAUGAAGACAACAAGCCUUUGCAGGGCAGCCAGACCUCUCUGGAUAGGGACGUUAAAGAGAGUGACGACAGUCUGGUAGACUAUGGGGAAGGAGGAGACGGUCAGUUCAAUGAAGAUGGCUCCUUCAUUGGCCAAUACACAGUUAAGAAGGACAAAGAGGAAACGGAGGGAAACGAGAGUUCGGAGGCCACAUCACCUGUUAACGCUAUUUACUCACUGGCAUAGCACCUUGAGCCGAGGACGGUAACACCAGCAGGCCAGAGGGUGCAACUACACACAUAGAAAGAAAUAUAUAUAUAUACAGCGUUAUGAGAAAGUAGUCACAUACAAAGCACCGGAGUGCAUGAUUCUUCUAAACAAGGUAUUGGGAAGGGAAGAAAAGAAAUGCAGGUGAACGAUACCUGUGUCCUCGAGGCCCCACACAGACUUUAGUGUGCCCUCAGGGCGAUGGGGUGGAAACUUGAAACUUUCAAGCAUUUUGUGUGGCUUUUGCUCUUUUUUUUAUUUUAAGAAAUGUUCUGCCCCUCCCUCUUAUUUACUGUAGCUAGCAUCGAAGAAACGGAAACACAAGAACCGGUUCUGUGACAUAUAUCAACUGUGGGCCGACUCAACUGCAGAAUGUCAGCAAAGACUUUUAUCAUAUUGAUAUUUCUGCAGCGAAGGAAUUUUUCACAGCUGAUAGAUGCGUCCAAACAAACAGAUUCUGGAUACAGUGCCGGCACAGGUUGCUGUGCUAUACAAAGCUAUGCACUAUGUAUUAUCACAUCUUGCUUUUGGGUUGAAAUGUGGACAUCUCAUGUUUCCUUUUCUUUUUGGUGUUGACUGCAAAAACAGAACCUCUGGUCCGUGAAGUGCUACAGUAUAUUCUUGUAUAUGCUUCUGGACUGAUAUCAUGCUUUCAUUUGCCAUUGACCUGAAGCUUUGUUCAUAUAUUUUCAUUGGCUGCAACUAUAAAAUGCCACUGAUAUUUAUAGGCUGAGGUUUAGAUGGCAUCACUUGUAAAUGACGAUAAAAAAGACACUAUUUUGAAGCAUGGUAGUAUUUUAGCGCAAAGGACAAUGGAGAGGAUCAAUUUAUCAAGAGUCAAAUCUCUUGAUAAAUACGCAAUGAUAUAUUCAUUGUUUUUUUUUUUUUUAUAUAAAACUUGCUUUAUAUAGUCCUUAAAGGAGAAUAAUGAUGAUAAAAAUGGUUCAUAUUUGUUCUUCAAUCCGAUUUUGGUUUCAAAUGAGUCUUAAAACAUUUGGGGUGCAUCAGUGCAUUAGUGGGGUGUCAUUUAAGAGAUCAGGAGCAGUAACAGACAUAAAAAGUAAACAGAUUAUGAGCCAUAAACCAAACUGAGCAUUUAGGAGUAAACCAAGAGCUAUAGAAACACUCGUGAAAUUAAAGGUAAUAGACCAUCAGUCCUGUAGCUCUGAAUCGUUCCAGAAGGAUAAAGUGUAGCCAUAGACUAAAGUAAAAAGUCUAAUGCUUUUAAGAGGUUCAUCCAGUGUUGCAUUUUGUUUGAGGUGCUAUUGAUUGAGACCCUGCCCUAAAAUCUUAUGUUCUCCUCUACCAGAGGCCUUUAUGUACUUACAGAGUGGUCCAAAAGUCUGAGAUAAACAUUUAAACUUAAAAAUAAGCAAACCUUUCGAAUUUUAAAUGAAUUUGACCAUGUAUUUUCUUUCAAUAUCAUUACUGAUCAUUUCUGGAUAACAUGCAUUAUAGGGUUUUGCAUAUAGUGCAUCAUUUAACUGCAAGAGUGGUGUCCUUGGAAAGUAUGAAUUUUUCCCUAAGAUUUUAGUAGUUUGUAAUGAACAAAAAUAUAAAAGAAAACGUCUCAAAGUUUUGGACCUUACUUAUUUAUUUUAUUUAUGAAAGUAAUAGGUAAUAUAUGAAUAAUUUAUUAAUAACUGCACAUUCAGUUACAUAACAGCUAAUCUGGAUGAAUGACCCAGCUGUGAUUUUAGCACAUAAAAGCAUCUGUGUACAGUAGGAUGUUUCAGAGAUUAAGCUAUAACAUUAGGACCAUAUGUAUGAAAUGUAAAAUAAUGAAAUGUCACCAUUAAUUAAAAGGGAUGUGUCUUAUUUGUUAUUUGUGCUGCUCUUUUUAGUAUUAAUAUUGUUGUGUCAUCUCUAUUGUGUUAAUAUAUUACAAUUUAUUUAAUGUAACUUUACAUAACAAAUAAUGAAAACAUUGUGUAUUUUUUCUCAUCUAGGGCCUCAUCUAGAUUUUGUAAUCAUCACAUGUAAAUAUGCGUUCGUUUUUGCUGGUUUACUGUGCUACAGUAAGUAUCUGAAGGUACCCAUAAUAUUUCAUAAUAAAAAUGGUUUUGGUGCAUCCCAAAAUGAAAGACUCCAUAGGUUUGGACAAUUAGUGGCUAAGCGGUGGGGCUUUAAAUUGUCUUUUUUGUUUGGUAACUUUUGUGACAUACAGAUUUGUCACUAACCUCGCAAUUUCAAAGCACCUGGCAGGAAUCUUAAAUGAUUAUGUAUAUAUAGCAAAUGCUGUAGAUUUGUAGCAUUCUGCACAUACCUAACAAGCUUUUUGUACUUUUAAAUUGUGUUACGCAAAAGAAAUGGUUUGUCUGUUCAUGUUUAAUGCACCAGUCUCCCAUAAUGCCUUUCACCUCUGACACGUCUUGGCCCGGCAGAUUUAAUGCCUGCUUUAUGAAAGGGCUCAAUAUCAGGUUGUAACUUCCUGACAGAGGUGUGAUGUCCUGUGUAAUGCCUUCACAUUAAAGAAAAUCUGUUUUCGUGAAAUUCAUUGGAGCACACUGUGGACCACUUCAUUAAUUCUGUUUUUCUGAUACCUCAAAGCAAUACCGUCCUUGUUUGCUUUUCUGCACAAUAGGUCUGCGGCUAUUCAAGUAAUUUACUGUAUAUGCACAGACGACACAUUCUGGUGUGCUUAGAGACUGUAGCUUUGUGUGUGGCACACCUUAACAUCAAGGCUGUUUAGAGUUGGCUCAAACCUAUAGUAUGUUGCGUCACAUUGCCUUGAACAAAGUUCACGCAAUAUAUACUACUAUAUAUUUGCUGGUAUAUUGCUGUGGUUUUAUGGGUUUCAGCAUAAAAGACAUUUUUAGCCAAUGUGCAUCAGAGGAGCUUUUUUCAAUGGCUUAUCAUGUAGGUUAACAGUGUUUAUUUGUAAAUCUGGCUAUAGAAAAAUGGCCAGUCGUUGUGUUCACCAUGUAUGCGUGUAUGACAAGAUGCUGCAACUUAUCUGCUCGAGAAGCCUUUCUUUAAAGUAAAACUCUGUCAUUUUCACAA